AGCAAUCCCAAAAACAGUCAAAGAGGAGUAAAGUAAGAUACAGAAAUUUCCAGGAAAAUGGCCAUCAGGGACGAGGUGAGGACUCCAGUCCAGGGAGCCUGCUGGCCAGGCUGCUGCCACAGCCCUCCUGCCUGGGAGACCAGACACGGCUCUGAACACCUCUAGUCUGUGUGUGACCCCGCAAAGCCAUGUGGCUGCGGCUGGUGGCCCUCGUGGGUCUGUACUACCUGGUGCGCUGGUACCGGGAGAGGCAGGUGGUGAGCCAGCUCCUGGACAAGUUCGUCUUCAUCACGGGCUGUGACUCGGGCUUCGGGAACCUGCUGGCCAGACAGCUGGACAGGAGGGGCUUGAGGGUGCUGGCUGCGUGUCUGACGGAGGAGGGGGCCGAGCAGCUGAGGCGCCAAACAUCGGACAGGGUGGAGACGGUGAGCCUGGAUGUCACCAAGACCGAGAGCGUCGCGGCCGCCGCCCAGUGGGUGCAGGAGCGCGUGGGAGACCGAGGGCUCUGGGGCCUGAUGAAUAACGCUGGCAUCUCCAUGCCCACGGCCCCCAACGAGUGGCUGACCAAACAGGACUUUGUGGACGUGCUCAACGUGAACCUGCUGGGGACGAUCGAGGUGACCCUGAGCCUGCUGCCCGCAGUGAGGAGGGCCAGGGGCCGCGUGGUCAACGUCUCCAGCGUGAUGGGCCGCCUGUCGCUGUUUGGUGGCGGCUACUGCAUCUCCAAGUACGGUGUAGAGGCCUUCUCGGACUCCCUCAGGUAUUGGGCGGGGUUGGGGCCCCUCCCUGGGUCCUAUUCCUGUUCUGUGGAAACCACUUCCUGAGCUUUCCAUAAAUCACAGAGGUAGAAGCCCCCUCUUGAGGGCAAGGCCGGCUCUGGCAUGUGAUCCAACAGUUGAAUCUCCUGACUUCUGUUUGUGCACACGCAGGACACCUGGGGGCAAGCCCAGGAACAAAACUCAGGAAGUGAAAAGCGCAGCCGUGGCGUGCAUUCACGCUGUGCCUGUCGGUGCUGUUGCACUGCUGGCCAGAGAGGCAGGGCACUGUGACGGUCCCGGCCCAGCCUGCGCUGCUGGGCUCCCUAGUGGAGGACACACACCAUAUAGGACCUCCAACACGACCCACAGAGUGCAACUCAGGGAACAACUAGGUGAGAUGGCCUGAGGUAGAAGUCAGUUGGCUGGGUCAGGUCCCCAUCUCCCCCUCAGGGCAGCGCCCCUCCCAAGCCCAGCCUUCUCCUCAACAAGGGUCUGUCAGAACGGGGGACCUGAGCAGGGGCAGGGGGGUCCCUUCAGGGGCCUGGGGCUGUCACGGAAGCGCAUCUCCUCCUUCCUUCCCUCCCUGAGGGGCGAGGGUCCCUGAGCGCCCAGCACAAACCUCUUCCCUCCGGGCCCUAGACAGGCGCGGCGGGCUGGGCAGGGGUCUCUUGUCUCUGGGACCCAUCGCACACUUGGUGGGGGCUGCGGGCUGCAGGGCGGCGCCCAGGUCUGGCGAGGCGCCCCUUCGCGCCCUUCCAGCUCCGACACUGCCCCCUUCCCCUGCGAAGCCCCAGCCAA